CCAACAGUUUUAUUAUUAAUUUAUGUUGUAAUAAUAAAAGAGUAUAAACUAUUCCAUGUCAUGGACUCAUGUCCAAACCAAGAUUCAUAUCAGUACUCCCACAAAAAACCUAAACUGAAACCCCUCAUCAUCAAUCUCAACUUCCCAUUUUUCUGUUGUCUCACUUUCAUCAGCCAAACUUUCUUUCAAUUCUAUGUCUUCAUUAUCUUGGAGAAAAUGGUUCUUGUUGUUGUUCAUACUCAUCUUUAUUUAAAUCUUGAGAUAUAAUUUCUUCUCUUAUUCCAGUUUCCUUCCUCAGAUUUCAACUGUUUCUUCAUCAAAAUGGAAGCAGUAUAACUUGAAGCAAAUUCCGGUUUUAUUUUUUGAAAAUUUACAAGGUAUAUAUAUCAUGAAUCCUAUAGGAGAUAUGAUGAAGGAGGAUCGGUUCUUGGGGUCAAGUUCACUAUAUACAGAUGUUGAGCCACUGACGGAUGGUAAUGUUCCUCCUCAACCAAUGGAGGGUUUACAUGAGACAGGCCCUCCACCAUUCCUCAGCAAGACUUAUGAUUUCGUCGAUGAUCCGAAUACGAAUCACAUUGUUUCUUGGAGCAAAGGUAACAACAGUUUCAUUGUCUGGGAUCCUCAGAACUUUGCCAAGAAUCUUCUCCCCAGGUACUUCAAACACAACAAUUUCUCAAGCUUUGUCAGGCAGCUAAAUACCUAUGGUUUUAGGAAAGUUGAUCCAGACAAAUGGGAGUUUGCUAAUGAAGGGUUUUUGAGGGGACAAAGACAUCUCUUGAAAAACAUUAAGAGGAGAAAGACAGCAUCUAAUUUCCAGGCAUCAAACCAAGGUUUGGAGUCUUGUGUUGAGGUUGGAAGCUUUGGGCUAGACGCAGAAAUCGAUCGUUUAAGGAGAGACAAGCAGGUUUUAAUGGCGGAAUUGGUGAAGCUCAGACAGCUACAGCAGAAUACCAAUUCACAUCUCAAAGAAAUGGAGCAAAGGCUUAAAGGGACCGAACUCAAACAACGACAGACAAUGAGCUUCUUGGCCAAGGCGUUAAAGAACCCGACUUUCCUACAGCAAAUGGUCCAGCAGAAGGAUAGAAUGAAAGAGCUUGAGGAUGCAAUUGGUAAGAAGAGAAGGAAGAGAAUUGAUCUUGGUUCAGGAAACGUUGGAAUAGUGAGAGAAAGGGAGAGAAAUGCUUACAUGAUUGACAGUCAAGAAUUAGGCUGCAAUGGAGGAGAAGGAAGCAGUUCUGCUAUUGGAGAUAUAUAUGUUAAGAUAGAACCUGAGGAGUUUGGUGAUAAGAUCAGUGGAUUUGAUGUAGAGUUGGAGAGACUGGCAAUGAGCAUGGAAGGACCCUCAAUGAACAUGGAGGAUCAAAUGCUACACAAUGAUGAUCAUAGUGAUAAUAUAGACAAGAACCUAAUUAGUGCAGAAAAGCCAUUUGAUGAAGGGUUUUGGGGAGGAAUUGAAGAUGAAAUUGGUACAUUUGGUGUUGGAGGACAUGACUUAGAUGAGGAGGUUGAUGCUUUUACUGAUCAGCUAGGAUUCUUGGGUUCAAGCCCAAGAUAGAAACUUGUGCCAAUUAAGAGCACUCAAGAACAUCAGUUGCUUAUCUCCAUUCAAGAUUUCUUUUGCUUCAGAUAUGAAUUUUCAAGGUUCAGCCAAGGGCUACAUCAUGUUAUAUGUCCAACUCAAUUUCGAUCGUCGACUGACCAACCCCCAAAGGGUUUAUGAUUCCUUAGUUAGAGGGUAUCAAACUGUUUAUAACAGAAGGCCCUCCUCCCUCCACGACUACAAGUUCAUGAAUCAAGAACCAAGCAAGAUCACAUCUUGAAAUUUCAAAGUGUUUGCUUGCUACAGGUUAGGAAAAUCACUUUUCAACUUUUGGUUUCAAA